CGACCCCUCCAGCCCUCUCUAGCCCACUGGACCCCUCCCACACCUCGCUUUUGGCCAGCCCUCCAAGCCCUCACCCCUCCGAGUGCCCUCCUGGGGCCCUGCCGCCUGACACCUCUAUCGCCUAUCGGGUACGACAAUGGCACGACAAGGUCGGCGUGGUCUCCCGAUCCUCCUCCUUCUCCUCGCCGACAACGGGACCGUAGUCGCCAGGCGAAAGGCGUCCGACGCGGCUCACGAUGUGGUACCACGCGACGGCACGCUCUGCCGACUCACCUUGCGGGACAUUCUAUGCAAAACGGCACCACAGGUGCACCGGCUUCGGUUCGCGCUCCCAACGGUUGCGAGCGGCGAACCCGCGUGCUGCGGCGGCGCUGGCGGUGGCAUCGUCCACGUCAUGAUCCGAGCUCCCGCCGUCUUCAAUCAGAGCGAGAGAAUCGCGCCGUACUCAGCUACGCUCGAUGGCGAUGGCUCGUUCUCAAUCGUCGUCAAGAUUUACCCUGGCGAGCCGCCGGCUUACGCCGCCGUAUCCGCUCACCUCGGAUCUCUACCGGUCGGUGAGUACGCGCACGUCCCGUCGAUUCGGGCGCAGGACUGGCGGCGGGACGCGGCUCGCGUGGGGAUGCUCUGCUUCGGAGUCGGCCUGGUGGAGUGCCUCCACCCUGCAGAGGCGCUCCUCGCCGCCGGCGCACAGGUCCGGAUCAUCAAUGCGGCGCGCCGCCGCAGCGACCUGAUCCUCCUCCCUCGGCUCCGCGCGCUGCUGUCCUCCCACCCCGCCUCCCUCUCGGUGCUGCACCGCCUCUCCCGACCCGAGGGGGGGCGAGGGGCGGAGGCGGGAGGCGGGGACGGGGCCGGCGAGGCGGGAGGGGGGCGGGGGGCCGGCGCGGCGUCGGGGUGGGGCAGGGAGCGGACGGCCGACGGGCGCGUCGACGCCGCGGCGGUGGCGUCCGAGUUUGGGACAGGCGCGUGGUCGGGCGGCAGCACGCCUCCGCCGCCGACUCACUUCUAUGUCGUCGGGACGGCGGCACAGGAGCAAGCCUUUCUUGGCAUGCUGUUCGCCGCGCACCUCGCCGACCCGAGAUCGCUCCGAGGUCAUCCACCUUUCCUGUUGCAGCUCGGGCCGUUCGGCGACCACUCGGGCUGGCGGCCGCUCUCGCCCCCGGAGCUGGCUGAGGAGGAGGCGGGGGCGGCGGAAAACGACGAACUCUGAGGAGAAGUAACUGAGCUCUGACGUCUUUGAGAGGCUGUCUGAGCGACGGCGAGGGCACCGCACCUCCGGACCUCGCGGCAUUGGGCUUGGUUUGGGACAUUUGGACGCCGGCCACCAUCGCCACAGCGGCCCAUACACAGGCCAGGCUGCCACAGAAAGGAAAGUGUGACUAAAACGUGC